AUGUUUAGGUGCAUGAGACAGACCAAGCCUGACAGGCUGUCCAUAAGACUUAGCGAAACACUUCAACCUCUCACUGUGGUUCCUUGGGGAGCGCUUGCAAUGUGGCAUCUAGGUGUCCCUAUUGCCGUUGGGGCCCCUAUGAUUGUGGUGCAAGACGACGACUACACAGCCGCCAUUGAAAGGCUUGAGGGCGCAGGAUUCUCCCAAAGUGUUCCAAAUCGCGCCCCUCCUCCGGAAGUCAUGGAGGACCAUCCAACCCCACAGCAGAUGUUGGAGGAGAUAAAUGCUGGCCACCACCACUUGGAUCGGUCCUGUGCAGUAUUUAAUUAUCCACAUGGUGAUCCAGCAGAACAGAGCUUCCAAGUAUAUUUGUUUCCGAACUCCUUUGCGCGCCUUUUUCAACAAGAUAUUUCCCACCCUUGGAGCGAAAUAAGAGAUGCAGCGUCAGCAACCCGGUAUAAAACCUACGACAAUCUUCACUGCCCACUGGAACAGGCGCUGGUGGAAAGCUUUGUCAAGGCUGCGAUUGAUGAAGAAACAGAGACAGGGUUUUCUGCGUGGGGUGAGUCACUGAGGUCCUGGAUAUCUCUGAUGACAGGAUACCUAGAGGUUGACAAUGUCCUUGAUGAUUGUCCGGAUAGACAGGCAGUGGAAUGGUAUAGCCACAACUUUGGUCGAAUCCAUGAGGCAAGUCUUAUAAAUAGACACUCUGCUUUCCAUCUCUUCAUGCCUUUUUAG